AUGCGAGGAGAGAUCUGCCACCUUCACAUCGGCCAAGCUGGUACCCAGCUGGGUAACAGCGCCUGGGAGCUGUACCUCCUUGAGCACGGUCUGCUCCCCGAUGGUCGCCCCAACCCCGAUGCGAAGGAGCUUGGUGAGGGUGGUUCUUACGAGACCUUCUUCACCGAGACUGGCAGCGGCAAAUACGUUCCCCGUUCCAUCUUCGUCGACUUGGACCCUUCUCCAAUUGACGAGAUCCGAACUGGCGCCUACCGCCAGCUGUUCCACCCUGAGCUGUUGAUCAGCGGCAAGGAGGACGCUGCCAACAACUAUGCUCGUGGUCACUACACCAUCGGCAAAGAGAUGGUCGACAGUGUCAUUGAGAAGAUCCGUCGUGUUGCUGACAACUGCUCUUCCCUCCAAGGUUUCCUCAUCUUCCACUCCUUCGGUGGUGGUACCGGUUCCGGUUUCGGUGCGCUCCUCCUCGAGCGCCUCUCGACCGAUUACGGCAAGAAGUGCAAGCUCGAGUUUGCCGUAUACCCUGCUCCUCGCGUUUCCACCUCCGUCGUCGAGCCCUACAAUGCUGUUCUGUCGACUCACAGCACCAUCGAGAACUCCGACUGCACCUUCCUUGUUGACAACGAAGCUGUCUACGAUAUCUGCAGACGCAGCUUGGAUAUUCCUCGCCCCAACUACGAGCAUCUCAACCGCCUGAUUGCUCAAGUUGUGAGCUCCAUCACCUCCAGCUUGCGCUUCGAUGGCGCGCUCAAUGUCGAUUUGAACGAGUUCCAAACCAACCUUGUGCCAUACCCGCGUAUCCACUACCCGCUCAUUAGUUACGCACCCGUCAUCUCGGCCAAGAAGAGCUCCCACGAGAGCUUCAAGGUUUCCGACCUUACCUUCCAGUGCUUCGAGCCCAACAACCAAAUGGUUGUUUGUGAUCCUCGCAAUGGCAAGUACAUGGCUGUCGCGCUUCUGUACCGUGGUGACAUUGUCCCCCGCGACUGCUCCGCCGCCGCCGGUGCUCUCAAGGCCAAGUCCUCCUUCAACCUCGUUGAAUGGUGUCCCACUGGUUUCAAGCUCGGAAUCAACUACACCAAACCCAUCUCCGUCCCCGGCAGCGAACUGUCCUCCGUCGACCGCUCCGUCGCCAUGCUGUCAAACACCACCGCCAUCGCAGAAGCCUGGUCCCGUCUCGACCACAAGUUCGAUCUCAUGUACUCGAAGCGCGCUUUCGUUCAUUGGUAUGUUGGUGAGGGUAUGGAGGAAGGUGAAUUCUCAGAGGCAAGAGAGGAUCUUGCUGCUCUGGAGAAGGAUUAUGAGGAGGUUGCGUCUGAUUCGCUCGAUGAUGAGGUGGAGGAGGGCGAGUACUAA